AUGGCCACUGCUAUUUCAUCAACCAAUGUUUUUCACACAAAAUCUGAUGAAAUGCAUCUCGAAAUUUUCUGUCUCGUCUGGCUCGAUCCUGGUUCAAGCGCCAAAGAUGGCCGUAAUACUGAACAACAAUUACGUUCUAUCAUUAAUCAUCUCAAGAAAUUUCAAGAUGUAUCACAAUGUCAAAAGUAUAUUUAUGAACGAUCACAAAAAGAACGAGUAGUUAUGGUUGUUAGUGGCCAAUUGGGACGAGAAAUUGUUCCUUCUAUUCACAAUCUUCGACAGGUUGUAUCAAUUUAUGUCUAUUGUUUCGAUAAGAAACGUAAUGAAAAGUGGGCUUGCGAAUAUGCAAAAGUAAGGGCUGUUGUGGUUGAGCUUGAUGAGCUCAUUUCUCGAAUUAAAGCUGAUCAUAAAAUUCAAAAAAUGGUCGAAGAGCCAUUAUCAAUUAAUAUUUUUACUACAGGUGGCGGCGCAGGUAAUUCAACAACAGGUUUAAAUGGUGAAUUUGUCUUUUCACAAGUUCUGAUGGAUUGUCUUAUUCGAUUACGAUACACUGAAGCAGAUAAUCAAGAACUUAUUCGUCUUUGUGAACAACAAUAUAAAGGUAAUAGUGUUGAAUUGAGUAAUAUUCGUGAAUUUCAAGACAAAUAUUCAUCUAACAAUGUUUUACGGUGGUACUCGCGAGAAUCGUUUUUUUACAAGACUCUUAAUGCCGCUCUCCGUACUCCAGCAGAUAUUCAUACAAUAUUUUUGUUUCGUAAAUAUAUCACUGAUAUUCAAUAUCAAUUACAAAAUCAUCAAGCUCAGAAUCGUGUUCGGGUUUAUCGAAGUCAAAUGAUAUCAACUAAUGAACUAGAAAUUUUGAAGCAAUGCCGUGAUCAAUUCAUAUCCGUGAAUUCAUUUUUUUCAACCAGUAUCGAUAAACAACUAGCUCUAUCAUUUCUCAAGUUGUCUGAUGAUAAAGAAAAUUUAGAAGCAGUAUUAUUUCAAAUCGAUGCCGAUCCUAAGAUGGCAAUUACAAAACCAUUUGCUGAUAUCACUGAAUAUAGUGAAUAUAAAGAUGAAGCUGAAGUGCUUUUCAUGCUUGGGUCUAUUUUUCGAUUGGAUAGUGUCAAUCGAAGCAAACAUGGUCAAGUAUGGAUCAUACAAAUGACAUUGUGCAAUGAUGAUGAACAUAAUUUAAAGCAAGUUCUUAUGGAUAUGAAAGAGCAGUUUGUGAGUGAAGAAACAAAUCUUCAGAAAUUAGGAAAAAUAUUAUUAGAGAUGGGAAAACCAGAUCUGGCACAACACUACUUUAUUCGUAUGUUAGAACAACUUCCAUCCAAUGACCCUUUACGUAUUGAUUUGUAUUUGGAUCUUGGGACACUUGAGUCGUAUGCCGGUCAUUUGGACAAGAGUAUGGAAUGGCGCCAAAAAGCAAGUACACUCAAAAAACAAAUUCAAUCUACUUCUUCUUCCAGUAUUAGUAAAUCAAAGAGUCCUAUUGGUAAGUUCAUCGAAAGAUAA